GAGAGUUUUUCUAUGCGCGCUCUCUUCGCGCCUACUUAUCGGGCCGCUGUCAUCUCCGGGCUUGCCACCACUAGAUGUCGCCGUCGCCGUCGUUGUCGUCGGGUUUUCUAAUGUGUCUCCUACCAUCGGCCUGCUACGUUAGCCGUCGCGCUGAAACUUUUCUCGGCUGCUGCUGCGGUGUGAUAGUGGUGUGUGAAUUCGCGCGCGCGGUAUGCUCUUUCUCUCCCGAAUCGGCGCAAAAAAAUAAAUAACGUAAAAACAACAACAACAAUACCACCAAAACACAGCACCAGCAACACAUUUUAACACAUAAGCUGUGGUGGCUUCUGCUGUACCGGGGGCCCGCGUAUGAAAAUCUUUUCACUUCAACCUUACACCAACGGUGGCGGAUGGCGAAGGCGCGUUGACCAGAUCGCACAGUCUCGCUGUCAGUGUGAAAUUCGUACGACGCGUCGGGUUCGGAGUUUUGUCGUCGGUCGGUUUAACGUUCGUCGUGUCGCGUCGCCUCGGUGUUGUGUUUGCGUCUUGGCUUUGCUGGGGGUUUGGGAUUCAAACCAAUGUCGUGGCUUGGCGCCGUGGGACGCGUUUUUGGGUUGGGAAAAACCCCGUGAACCUCCGCGGAAUUUCGAUAGUGCUGCUGCCCGGAGUGGAAACUGUCGAUACCGAUCACCUAGUCACGAUUUCGGAACGGUCCUCGAAACAACUGUGUGGAAUAGGGUUUAAUUAGGGCUCCGCACGCUGGGUGAUCUGGACUUUCGAGGAGCUCAGGAAGCAAGAAGAAGACUUGUGAAAAAAAACUAGCGUCACAUUAGUGGCUGCCAUCGAAAACACACACUCCAAUUCAGCAAGAAGAAAAGUAGAAAAGUGAGUGAAAUUCUUUCCCUUGUAAAGGAAAUAGAGAACAAUGAAGCUGCGCCAUCAUCGAAGCUGAAAGAAGAUAUCGAACAAUAAAUUUUCCAAGAAGAAGCAAAUGUGUUUGCACAGUGAGUGAGUGCGUUUGUGCGUGUGUUUUGUGUGGAAUAGACAAAAAAUCAAUAAAGACCGAAAUUAUUUUCGGACAAAUUCAGCUCAACUGAAGCGUUAAAAACUCUCGCAUCCAACUUUUUCUCGGGGUUCGAAGCAGGGCCCGCAGGAAGUUUUCUGGGAAAGGACCAAGAGGAAGAAGCGAAGAGUAGGCAAAAAACGGAAGAAGAAGGAUCGAAACCGAUAUCCUUACGCACACGCACGGAGAGAAAAAUCACAGCUCGGAGUGUAAUAAUGAAUUUGGUAAAUUUUACGUCAAUCUGCGGGUGUGGGUAAUGCCCACCACUCCGGUACUCCCCCCUUCUCGCAGCCAACCCACCCACCCAUCGAUCGUAGCAGGCUAGUGGUGUGGAAAAUCAACGCGCGGUGGAGGCGGUGAAAUGUAAGUGUCGGAUCCACCACACUCAGUAUUCACACCACACCACACCGAGCAGAGCAAAGAGAGUGGGGGCUGCUGUAGCGUCGCCUACUACUACGAGCGUUUGUUUGUGUAGUGGGGCAGAGUGGGAGCAAGAGCCUGGGCUGCGGGUGUAUGGGUGUGUGCUGCUCCCCAUCUUCCGUCGUGGAAAAGCGGAAAAACUUUCCGGGGUGAGUGUUGAGACGCGGUGAGGAAGUGUCACCGAACUAAUACAAACAAAGCGAACGCACAUACAAGCCUGGACUGACAAAAGGACGAGAACAAAAAGUGUCCCUAUUGCGCAUAAAUCGACGUCGUGAUUUUUUUUUUCGCCGAGCUAGGCAGGCGUCGCGUCGCUGUGUUGGUGUGAAAUAAUAUCAAAUUACAUUACACCUAGUGUGCGCUAGUGUGAGUGUGUCAACCGCCGCGCCACAAAAGACACGCACACACCGUCGCCAACGACGGCAAACAACCCACCACCACCCGAGGGGGGAGAGCGAAAAAAGGUUGGAAGAAUAAUAAACAACGGCGGCAAAAGAAAAUAAAUAACACAAAACACACAAAUACACGCGCUCACGUGAUCCAAGCGGGCAUUGAGCUAGCGAAAGAGAGAGAGAGAGAGCUAACGAGAGGGAGAAGGGCACCCUGGCAGAGAGUGUGAGAGACAGUGUGGGGAGAGUAGGAAGACGAAAAAAAAAAGUCAAAGCCUUCUUUAAUAAUCGGACUGGAGCCCCCCUACCCGUCGAACCCCCCCUUGCUCACUUUGAUCGCCCCAAAGUGGUGCCGUCGUCGUGGUCGUCGUAAUCUCGGAAGAGACCGGUUUUUGUCCUCUUCUUGAGGGCGACUUCACACACAAGAGUUUUCUUUUUUUUUUACUUCUCCCUAAUCCGAAUGUUAGUGUGUACACCCCGAUUGGCUGCGACACACCAAUCCGCGACGAUUAUCACACAAAAUAGAGGGAGUGGCCACGUUUACGGACGACACCACACACCGCAGUGAGUGAGCGUGUGUGUGUGCGAGCGAGCGAGAGGGCCAGAGGGGUGCGGCCCCCGGACACCAGUCCGACACGAAAGGUGUGAUUACAGACACCAAAAACCAGACACCAAGCGCUUAGUUUGUCGCAGCAGCGGUAACCAGUUCAUACACGGCCGGCGUGAAGUUAGCAUCGUUGUUGUUGUUGUAGUGUUUUUGUUUCGUUUUUUUCUUCUCGCUCUCGUCGUCGCCGUCGUCGUCGUCGUCGUGCAGCCUCCAGCCGUGAACCCCCCCCCCCCCUCCUGCCACCUCACACGCACACCACCCCACCACCCACACCCGCGACGCGGUCAUCGUGCAAAAAUCUCGGGUGGUGUGACAGUGUCACGCCAAUUCACGGGGCACCGCGCGCGCCUUUUUUGCGCCCGAUCACAGUUGGCGGCGUGAAGCGCGCGAGUAGGAGCGUGAAAUUUUUCGCGGAAUCGGAUAAAGUAAACGAAAUCGAAGCAGGCCGAAAAUUACGCUCAGCGUUAGCGUGGAGUGCAAAUUUACCGCAGGGUGAGCGGAUUGAAAUACAGUGACGAAAAAAUUGGUGUUUUUGUUCGGGGGUGGUCCACCGGGAGACCAUGAGAGUUGAACGAGAUCUACGUGACCGUACUGUGAAGUUACUUUGAGGGAAUUUGAGAGAAAUUUAGCGUGGUUAGGUGAGCAAACAAGUGAAGAGUUUGAAGAAUCUGUGAAGAUCCGAGUGACAAACGCUGGAAAACUAAGUGCCGACGCUACCGAAACAAAAAUCCGGAAGCAGCGGAGCGGAAGAAGAAGCUAAAACGGCCGCGUGCGUACUCUCGGGUGAUGUUGUGAUGAGAUACGACGGUCAAGAAUUACUCCAAUCUGACGAAUUCAGUAGGCCGGCGAAGGGAAUGGCCUAUCAUCCAUUCCUGCAGCUACCGCGACCCACUGACUUCAGCGUGUCGUCGCUGCUGACUGCGGGCUCACCGCCCCAAGGACAGAACUCGCCGAGUGGUGGCACCGGAGCGCCCGGCGCCAGUGGUCCCGGAACGCCUGGCACAACGACGGCAGCAGCAGCCGCCGCCGCCGCCGCUGCAACGGCCGUAGCCGCGGGAGCCGCAGCGGCCAACUCGCCGUACUUUCCCGCGGCUGCCCUCGCGGCCCUCUCCGGCGGCGGACACGGUGGUCAUCCGGGCCACCUGUACCCCGGGGCCCUGCUACCGAAGCUCCCGCCGCAUCACCCGCAUCCGCACCAUCCGCUGGGGGCCGCGUACACGACAGCCGAGGACGUGGUCAUGGCCGCGGUGGCCGCCCAUCAGCACCAUCCGGCGAUGAGACCGCUGCGGGCGCUCCAACCCGAGGACGAUGGGGUCGUGGACGACCCCAAGGUGACCCUGGAGGGCAAGGAGCUGUGGGAGAAGUUCCACAAGCUGGGCACCGAGAUGGUCAUCACGAAGAGUGGCAGACAAAUGUUUCCGCAAAUGAAAUUUCGCGUGUCGGGACUAGAUGCAAAAGCCAAGUACAUUCUGUUACUGGAUAUCGUGGCAGCGGACGACUACCGGUACAAGUUUCACAACAGCCGGUGGAUGGUGGCGGGCAAGGCGGACCCGGAGAUGCCGAAGCGGAUGUACAUCCAUCCCGAUUCGCCGUCGACGGGCGAGCAGUGGAUGCAGAAGGUGGUGUCGUUUCACAAGCUGAAGCUGACCAACAACAUUAGUGAUAAGCACGGAUUUGUCGGCGAUGCCUCCGUCGUCUGGACGAUCCUCAACUCGAUGCACAAGUACCAACCUAGAUUUCACUUAGUCCGGGCGAACGAUAUCCUGAAGCUGCCGUACUCGACGUUUCGGACGUACGUGUUUAAGGAGACCGAGUUCAUCGCCGUAACUGCAUAUCAAAACGAAAAAAUAACGCAAUUGAAAAUAGAUAAUAAUCCCUUUGCGAAAGGGUUUCGUGAUACCGGUGCUGGCAAGCGGGAAAAGAAUGGUUCCUUUCCCCUUUCCAGCUGUUCCGCCUUCCGGCAGUCGCUGAUGGGCCAGCGUGGCGGAGGCGCUGGUGGCGACGGGGACAAGCUCAGCCCGAGCUCGGUCAGCUCGUCGCGGGGUCCGGCCGGGCUGGACCACCGAACGAAUAGCAGCAUAUCAGCGCUGGCGGGCCUGGACGACGACGACAAGCUGCUGGACGUGGUGGGGCCACCGCAGAGUCCGCUGCUCUCGCUGAGCCAGCAGAUGCAGCAUCAUGCAGGCUGGUUCAACUUCGAGGACGUGCAACGGGCGGAGGAGGCCAUGCGGCGUCGGCUGCAGUCGGACGAGCGGGACGAGCGCGACGGCAGCGACUCCAACUGUUCGGACAGCGUCUCCGGGAGCGUCACCGGUGCCUUUCGCCCGACCUCGUCCGGCAGCCCGAAGGAGUCGUCGAGCAGCGCCGGCGGCACCUCCUACCCGUCGCCCAACAUCUCCGUCGGUCCGCCGAUCCAUCCGCCACCGCACCUGCUGCCGUAUCUGUACCCGCACGGACUUUACCCCCCGCCACACCUGUCGCACCUGCUGCACAACCAGGCCGCGGCCGCCGCGAUGAAUCCCAGCCUCCUGUUCAACGCUCAGCUUGCCCUGGCCGCACAACAUCCCGCCUUCUUUGGCCACUACUCGGGUCACUCGCCAUCCUCGCCACUGCACAGCCUGAAAGCGCACCGCUUCUCGCCGUACAGCUUGCCGGGCUCGGGGCUGGGUUCGGCCUUCGACGCCGUCACGCCCGGUUCCAACUCGGGCGGUCCGCGAAGUCUGAGCAGCAGUCCGCACCAUCCACGCGCUGCCUCCAACUCACCGCCCACGAGGCCCAUCUCGGUUUCGCCGACUCCCACCCAGCAGAACCCGACCUCGCCCGAGUCGGCCGAGGCGGGCAACACGACAGUCCAACCGACGAUCCCGCCGCCGCCAAAUACGACGAUGCCUCCCUCCUCCAACUCGCCCUCCGAGCUCAAGAGCAUAGAGAAGAUGGUCAACGGGCUGGAGGUGCAGCACAACAUCAACGGAAGCGUUGGCGGCAACGUCGAAAACAGCAAGCUGGCCGGCCACGAUCAGUGACGACCGCUGCUGGACUCGUGUCCGAUCGUAGGAGGCGACAAACUCGAUCAGGACAUGUGACAGUUAGCAAUAAGUUCCAGCAAGAUUUUCAGCGCAAUAUGAAUCUCUCGAUGAAUUCGUCGAGGGGAGAGUGUUAGCAGAAACCUGUUAUCUAGAUGAAUUACUGUGCAAAUAUUUAAUGCUUAAAGUUUUUUAGCGAGACAGAUCAGGGCGAGCUGAGUGUACGAUCAUCAAGAGAGCAACUUGAUUUUUUUCAGUGUACACCUAGUUAAAUGAAACAUUAGAAAUUGAUCGUACACGGGGACGGAGACGCAUGGGGCAAAUCGGGACAAGCUUGUUGUAAAUACAGAGCCGUACUCAUUUCACAAAAAAAAACACAUAUUAUUACAGAAUCUAUCAGGAAACUCGUUGAGGGACUUUUACUUUGCAUUUUGCUCCUUAGAAGAAGAAAAAACCGGAAAGGCAAAUGGAAACAAAACUUACCAAAGAGUCGAUUAACAGCAACAACACUAUUGUAAAUUUUAACUCGCGCGCCUGUACAGUGGAGAAGAAGGCGAAUUGGCGAUUGCGCGUCAAGGGUUAGCUGGAAGAGGGGUGGCGUGUCAUCAAAGCAACCCUGCAGACUCGAUCUCGUUUCUCUAGGAGGGAAUUUGACAGCUCUUGGGAGAGGGGUCUCGGCGCCUGCUUUGGUGCAUUGCUGCUGAAGUCUUUCAGUUUGCCGGGCAGAGCAAAUCGCACACCCAGUAUUGUACAUUGUGUACAGUUAUUAUAGCUUAUUAUAGAAUACAAAAUCAAAUAUUAACACAAAACAUAUAAGAGAUGUGAAAAAUGGAUUUUCUUUUCUAAAAAGCAAGCAAACUAACGUAUAGUUAAAAAUUUCAAACAAACAAAAGCAUCAUACAAUUCAUAAAUUUAACUAUAAAAAACAAAAACACUCACACAACAUCAAAAGAACAAAAAAGUACUAUAGUAGAAUUGAUCAUUUUAAACAAAAAAGACGUCAUAAAUGCGAUCGCACCCGGUCGGGGUGGAUUUCAUAACUCGCAAAACAACCCGCAAGCAAAGCAGUUCGCUAAAAGUGACCACAACCACAACAAACCAUGGAAGUGAGUUCAAGUAAACAAACACAACACACUAUUCUUCCCGUCUAAGUUUACCAACCCAACCAGGCAGCGUUUCCAGAACGCGCGCCAAGUUAUUUAUUUUGUUUUAUGUUUUAUUAAGAAAAAAGAUGUUCAAGAUUUAAGGUGAGCUCCUCAAAACCCAGUGCUAGCGCGAUCGUCAAUAGUUAAGCUAGUUCCAAUCAGAGAAAUAGUAACCCAGAGUAUGAUUUUAAUUAAUUUUAAACUAAACGAAAGUGUGAUAAUUUAUUGAGUAAUAGUUUUCCUUUCUGUUUUAUUCCAACCAAGUUCCCACAAACAAAUACACACACAGGAAGAAGAAAUAUGCCCGCUCUUUAGUUUCGUUGCAAGCAAUAAUAUUAUUAGAAAUUGUUUCCUCGUACACUCACAAAAAGACCACAGAAAAAAUCAACCGUAAGCGAAAAUCAUACCCCCUCACAAAUCACAACAAAAAGCCCAACCGAACAAAAUAGAAUUGGUCGUUCAGUCUUACACAAUCACAACCACAAACACAAAAACAAACAAACACUACAAGAACAAAAUCUAGACUAUUUUUGUAAGUCGUAAAAGAGCAAUAAUUGAAAAGUAAAUAUAUGAAAAACAACUAUUUUAAGAAAUAAUUAAAAAUAUUAUGAUUAAAAUUCAAAAA